AAAAAAAAAAUGUUCAUUUCAGGUAGUGAUGUUUCAGACCUACACCAAUCAAAACAGUAGUCCAAUUGAAGCUAAGUAUGUUUUUCCUUUGGAUGAUAAAGCUGCUGUUUGUGGAUUUGAAGCUUUUGUCAAUGGAACACACAUCAUUGGGCAGGUUAAAGAGAAGAAACAAGCGCAUAGAGAAUAUCGCAAAGCUAUUAGUGAAGGUGAUGGAGCUUAUCUAAUGGACCAGGAUGCACCGGAUAUUUUUGUAAUAACUGUUGGAAAUAUAUGUCCAAACUCUACAGUACUGAUCAAAGUUACCUAUAUCACUGAACUGAGUUGCCAGAACGGUUGUAUCACCUUUCAUAUGCCUGCUUCUGUGUCCCCAUGGCAACAGGACAAAGCAUUGAAUGAAAACACACAGGAUACAGUAAAAAAGAUUUGUAUUAAACAAGUAGAAACACUGAAAAACAGAUUCUCCUUAGAUAUGUCUAUUGAGAUGCCAUAUAGCAUUGAAAGCCUACACAGUUGGACACAUAAACUUAAGAUAAAGAAAACAGAAUGCAAGGCUGUAAUUAAGACCGUAGACAACAGUUCUUUGGACAGUAGUGGCUUUGGUCUAGAUAUAUGGAUUUCUCAUGCCUAUGUGCCCCGAAUGUGGGUAGAGAAGCAUCCCAACAAAAAUAGUGAGGCUUGCAUGCUUGUAUUCCAACCAGAGUUCGAAGCAGCAUUUGAUGAAGAGCAGCUGUCCAGUGAAAUUAUUAUUUUAUUAGAUUGCUCAAAUUCUAUGGCAGGUUCAGCUCUAUUGCAAGCAAAGCAGAUUGCUUUACAUGCCUUAAAACAGCUUAAUUCCAGACAAAAUGUAAAUGUAAUCAAAUUUGGCACAAAUUUCUCAGAAUUUUCUUCAUUUUCAAAGGAUGCCUUAAAGGAUUUGGCAUCACUAACUGAGUUUAUUACAUCUGCUACAGCAACAAUGGGAAACACUGAUUUAUGGAAGAGCUUGCGUUACUUGAGUUUGCUAUUUCCUUCUCAAGGACAUCGUAACAUUCUUCUUAUAUCCGAUGGACACAUUCAGAAUGAGAGUGUGACCUUCCAGCUUGUGAAAGACAAUGUCCACCAUACGAGGUUAUUCACAUGUGGUGUUGGUUCUGCAGCAAAUCGACACAUGCUGAGAUCUUUGUCCCAGUAUGGUGCUGGAGCAUUUGAAUACUUUGACUCAAAAUCAAAGUAUAACUGGGAGGCAAAGAUACAGAGCCAAGUGUCUAGAAUAUUUUCUCCAGGAUGCAGUUCUGUUUCUAUUAAAUGGCAACAGUUUGAUAUAAAUGCACCAAAGCCAAUGCAGGCUCCUGCUCAAAUACAGUCUUUGUUUACCAAUGAGAGGCUUCUCGUCUAUGGAUUUGUCCCUCACUGUACUCAGGCCACCUUAAGGGCGAUAAUAAAUGACCAAGAACUACAAACUGUGGUGUCAACUACUGAAUUACAGAAGACAACGGGAACAGUGCUACACAAACUCACAGCAAGAGCUUUCAUUAGGGACUAUGAAGAUGGUAUUCUUCAUGAGAAUGAAACAGAACAUGAGAUGAAGAAGCAGAUCUUGAAGAACAUGAUUAUACAUCUCAGUUUGGAGAACUCGAUUAUAACCCAGUUUACAAGCUUCAUUGCAGUUGAGAAGAGGGAUACUAAUGAAAUUUGUUCUGCUAAUGUUCCAAACAUCCUGGAAAUUAUAGCUCAAGAAGAUGUUGAUUUUUUACCUUAUAUGAACUGGGAACAAAAGCCAGUGGGAUCCAGCGUCUCAUUUUCAGGAGAACCUUACGGGAUGCCUCCAUUUGAUGGAGAUCUGCAAGAUUCUGAAGCUUGGUCAGAUUGUUUCACAGCUGAGAGAUGUGAAGCUGAAGGCUUCCAAUUUCGACUUGGAGAACUUUCUGUUAAUCAAGAAAGCACCUCACAAGAAGUCACACCACAGGAUUAUGGAUUUCAUGAUGGUGACAUCACAACGAUGAAAUGUUCAAGAAUAAUGUCAUCUUUACCAUGUAAAUCUUCUGUGAAUGCUUUAUUAUUUGGCUCUGGACUAGAAGCAGGAGGAGAAGCUUAUAUAACUCAAACAAAUUCACUUCCAACACCUGCACUUCCAGAUCCAGGUGCCCAUCUGAGACUUUGUGAACCUCCCAUUUAUUGUUCUCCUCGAAGUCUCUUUGGAGGAAUGAAAUAUGAUAAUUCUUCUGUUGAUCACAUUCCAAAUAUAAUUGUGUUCAAUUCAUGUACAAGCACAUACUCUUCUCAUAAGACUAAUGCUGAAAAACAAGUUACUCACAAUUCUCCUGCUCCCCAACAUAGUAAAAAAAAAAUUAAGCCAAAGUGUAGGAAGAAAAUGGUAACAGGUCUGCACGAUGCUACAGCUUCUGAACAAGAAUUUCCUGAGAGUGCUAAAUUUUUGGUACAACCAAGGUGUUUCAUAACAACAGAGAAAGAAAGAAGCCAACAGAAACUUGAGUUUACUCCUGUAAUCUGGGAAGAAAUUUUUGAUCUCCAAAAUCAGGAUGGCUCUUGGAAUCUCAGUCCACAGUUGGGAAAAAUCUUGAAAUUUGAUGUUGAUUAUUUAAUUAAUCAUUUCCUUAUUAGAAAAGGCAUUCAGUCACUCGGCACAAAUGGAAAAGAAAAGCUACUGAAGUUGAUUGCUACUCUUCUUGUGCUACAGUUCAUACGCUGUGCAAAGGAACUGCAAGGGAUAGUCUUCAAAUCACUGAUGAAACUGGAUAAUUUAACAACUUCAAGCGGUGUUCACUGGGCUUUUGAGUCCAUCAAGAAAGCAACAGAGUGGGUAAAAAGAGUUGAGGGACAAUUUGCAUCUAUUUGCUAUCGACUCGAACUUGGGAAAGACUGGGAUUCUGCCACCAAGAAGAUACUGGGGAUCGAGUGCAACUAACAGCAGCUCUACUUCAAUCGUUUCAUGACUGUGAUUGUUUAAGACAAUAGCAACGUUAGGUUUUCUUGCUGCUUUACAUAUUUUGAGUAAUUUUCACCUUACGUUAUUCUUGAAUAAUUUUCAUAGUCACAGACAAAUACUCCUAGUAUUGUUAUAGUAUCUCUGCUGUUUUAUUUCUUCCAAAAUCUUAUCUUCUCUGUAACAGCACUGUCAGGUGUAACGCAGUGUGUUUUGAUGGCUACCGCUGUGCUUAGCAAAGCCCUAAUAAACACCUUCACAAUGCAACCUA